CUUGCUCCCACUUAACCAUUUUCUUCCCCGUUUGGGGCAAAACAAAACGCAGUAACUACUCAACAUUCAGCACGUGCGGCGCCAGAAUUCAGGACGCACUGCAGCGGGCAAUAAGAACAGGAAGCAAAGCGGAUGUGCAACACCGCAUGAUAGCAACGUAAAAUGAACGCAUUGCGCAACAUCUUUACAUCGCGAACGCUCAACUAUUUGCGACAGAAUGGACAAAACGCUAUUCUCAACGCCACCCAGCAGCAGCAGGCGGUGGACGCCGUUCCGCUAACCACCGAUGCCGACACGCUGCUGAAAGCGUCGCGUCCAGCACCUCUUUCCAUACCGCGCUCCAUACUCGAUGCGUGCCAUUUCACGGCCAAACAAUUUGACCUGGGAUGCACUUCGUCCGGGAACCAGGCAAAUGGCUCUCUGUCACCAACGACACUGAAGCGCUUCGGACGCAUGCAACGCCGCAUGGAGCUAGUGUACCGCUGCAAGCUGUGCAACACCCGCAACACGAAGACCAUCAGCGAGGAGGCCUACUAUAGUGGCGUGGUGAUCCUACAGUGCGACGGCUGUGCCGUCGACCAUUUGAUCAAGGACAAUCUAGGACUAUUUACCGGCAGUGAUGGUGAUAGCAGCAUUAGCUCUGGAAUCAGUACCAGCAAGAAUAUCGACCAGGUGCUGGCCGACCGGCAUGCCCGCGUCCGCGUGAUCAAGGUGAACGAGCGCGGCGAGCUGAUUUAGGAACUCUAGUCAAAGGGCAUCAGUACAGGAGAGAACCUGGUGCCGUCAACCUGCGAAUCGUGUCUGAGGAGGACACACUCGACACGGGGUGGCGCAUUGAACCCAAGCACCCAAGUACCCAAUUGCAAACCGGAAUCCCACAUUCUGUUUCCGAGCUCAGCUGGCUGUAUAUAAUAAUUGUACUGUAAUUGUUGAUUGUUUCGGGCCGUGAGUAAUGCCUACAAAGUGAUUAAAGGAACGCCCAGUUCAAUAGCUAAAAACAUAUUUGUAUAUGGCUAAAUCUGUUAUUGCGCUGAAUACUAUCUAAUCAGGGUACACAGAAAGCAAAAUGUCAAAAAUUGUUGAUAUGAACUCGAAAUGUUUAAGUUUAACUGAAUGUAUAGCUGCAAUGAUCAAGUUUGUUAAUAUACGCUGUGCCUAUUUUA